AUGCACACCGGCUUUUUCCAUGAGUUCAGUGAUGGCUUCAUCCCCCUUUACGUCACCGUCAAUACAAUCUUCCCCUAUCAAGAUGUUGUGCUUGUGGUAUUGCACGCUUGUGAUUGGUGGACUCGCAAGUACAGUGAAUUGUUACGCACUUUCAGCAAUCACCUUAUCAUAAACCUCAACAAUGAUACUGCCACCCACUGCUUUCCUUCUGCUAGUGUGGGUAUGAUAACACAUUAUGGUAUGGCCAUAAACCCUGCAUUGACACCAAAGUCAAAAACCUUCAAGCAUUUGCGCACCUUCCUCGACAUAGCCUACAACCAAAAUCAUAAGGUCCAAAACCUUCCAAAAUUCCGACCACUUCUUGUGUUAGCUGGUUGCAUUGGCAGCAUUGGUCGCUUGCUCUUGAACCAAAAUGAAGUGAAACUUGAUGCAAAAAAAGUUGGUUUUAAUGUGACUGUUUUUGAGCCAACAUGUGGGACCCCUCUAAAGGAAUCCUAUGCUUUAAUAAAUUCGAGUCAUGCAAUGGUCGGGAUACACAGUGCAUCGCUUACACAUUCUUUGUUUCUCCGGCCUGGCUCAGUGUUUAUGCAGGUGGUGCCGCUUGGGGCGGAAUGGGUGGCGGAGGUUUGCUUUGAAAGGUCGCCAAGAGCUAUGGGGUUAGAAUACAUGGAGUAUAGGAUAAAGGCGGAGGAGAGUAGCUUGAUAGACAAGUAUAGCAAGGAUGAAAUGAUUAUAAAAGACCCAGUUGCUUUUCGAGGAAGCUACAUUUCCAAUCUUGAGACUAUGAAAAUAUACUUGGUGGAUCAAAAUGUUAAAUUGAAUAUUGUAAGAUUUAGGGAGUACUUGAAGGAAGCGUACAUGAAGGCCAAGAAAUUCAUGGACAAGGAAGGGUAG